UCGCGCGGGCGAAUCGUUUUCCGCAGCCUCGCUCGUUCACCACCCCUUCUAUCCCCUUUAUUUUCUAUCUCAUCGGUGGCGAUGGCCACAAGAGAUCCAACCAUGGCGUCGGAGGUGAGCGCACGGCACCAUGGCUCUCUCCUUCCAUAUCUUCCUCCCCGCCAUGACCUCUCUCCUUCUUUUCUUCCAUCUCCCGCUCGAGUUGUAGCUAGCAGAGGUCAUGGCGGAAACUGCAGAUAUGUGAGAUUCGCGCGCGGGCGUCGGUGCCCUGUGGAUGGAGGUGGUUCUCCCCGACCGGUGCUCCCACCGGCGGCAUAGCGUGGGCGUGGCCCUUUGGGAGAGAGGAGACGAGUCAUGCUGGCUGCUCUAGUGCUUGGUGGCUGCUGCUCCUAACCGUCGCGCUUGAACUUCUGAGCACAGAUCUGGCCUCCUCCCCUCUUGAUUUCUUCUGAUCUGGCCUCUUGUGUGCACAGCCGGCUGUCCAGAUGCAUGUGGACUUAGUGCUUUGAAGAAUUUGUCCCCAUCGAGGAACGAUGUGAUGCUAAAUCGGUGUUCAAUAGGAACAACGCAAUGCAUAUGUAGUUUGUGUGGACGGUGGAUAAGUUUCCUAGCUAAUUGCUAGAAAUGCAAACUGUUUUCGUAUGCAUAUGCUUUGUUUAUUGCAAAAAUCGGAUUCCAGUGCUUAUCCAUCACUCGUCACUCAAACCAAACAAAAACUCGGCUAACCUCACCCACCCAAACCAAACAAGAAAAAUGGUUAUCCUUGUCCAGCUGGCUGAGGAUACCACUAACCACUCUAGUCUGUCCAUUAAACCAAACACACCCCCUCUGGCGUCCUAAGCUUCUCCUUCCUACAGCUAGAGCCUAGAGGUCAAACCAAUGUGGUUCACACAAGUGGUAUAUUCACGGCACGAUUCGCCCCUGAAUCUUUGCCUACUUUCGGCUCCCGUUGGGAAUGUUUUCCUUUGCUUGGAGGAGAUACGGCAUCGUUUACUAGUCGUAGUAUUUGCUACUAGGUCGAAAUUCCAGCAAAUUUUGCACAGCACGCCUGAAUGGAGCGGACUGUUGAGCGGGCCCGGUCUCUGUGGCACUCGCUGACCCGCUGUCACUGCUCGCUAGCCAGCCUGCAUAGGCUGCAGCGCCCCGCCCACCACAAGUAAAAUAAAAUAAAAUAAAAAUUCCACCGGGCGAAAAGGCGAUGGAAUUGAAAGCAAAGGCAGGAACCUUGGCUGGCCUCGCUAAAAAGCCAGGAGCUCUUUCCCCCUCUCUCUCUCUCUCUCUCUCCCUCCUCCCUUUUUGGAUUCUUCCCAUCUUGAGGCAUCGCCUGUCUGCCCCCAUCGGCCCAAGCCCACCACUCCCUUUGAGGAAUCGUAAAUUCUUGCCUCCCCGACUCUGCUCCUUCUUCUUCUUCUUCUUCAGCUGUCCAGCCAGCCUCGCCUCCAAGGGAAGGGAAAGGAGAGGAGUGGUGGAGCGGCAUCUCUCCGUGCUGCCAUGCAAGUGCACGCUCACGUUUCUUGCAGGUGUUCCUUCCGCGCGGCCAGUGAGUACUCUACUGGUGAGUGAGGAGUGAGUGGGUGAGUGAAUGGGAACUCAGGCAAUGCCGUCCGGUGGGGCCAUCUCGCGCCAGGGCUCGCUCUGCAGCCUCACGCUGAGCGACGUCGAGGGCCAGCUGCACGGCGUCAACCUCGACAACCUCCUCCGCACGGCCGGCUCGGCCAGGAGGACGGCUGACGAGGUGUGGCGGGACAUCCACGGCGCCGACGGCGGCACCAGCCGCCCGCGGGCCCAGAUGACGCUGGAGGACUUCCUGUCCAGGCCCGGUGGCGACGCGGGGGGCGCCCACUGGGCCGAGCAGUACAAUCCCCCGGCCCCGGUGCCGGGGCAGCAGCGCCACAACAACGUCGGCCGUCCCCUGCCGCGGCCGCUGGGGGUGGGCGCCGGGCCGGUGCUGGACGCGCUGUACCACGACCACGACCACGACGGGGCCACCAUGUCCGGGCAGAAGCGUGCCGCCGUGGGCGGCCCCGGGGAGAAGACGGUGGAGCGGCGGAAGAAGCGGAUGAUCAAGAACCGGGAGUCGGCGGCGAGGUCGCGCGCGAGGAAGCAGGCGUACACGAACGAGCUCGAGAACAAGAUCUCCCGACUGGAAGAGGAGAACGAGCAGCUCAGGAGUUACAAGGCAUUUGAACCGGUGGUGCACUGUGUGCCGCAGCAGGAGCCGAAGAACCAGCUCCGACGGAGGAACUCGGCCAGCUUCUGAUCAUCAUGUUAAUAGUACUAGUGGUGAACUGCCUGGCACUAAGGUCGCAAAAUUUGUAACUGAUUACUCCGUAAAACAUUUAGCUAGUAUUAGUAAGAAUACUCCUCUGCAGUCUCCGACUUGCUGUGAUGCAUGGCAAUUGCUGGUUGCUGCACACGGCAUUGCACUCCUAUCCUGCCUUUUUUUCCCCCAACUGGUGCAUUGCUUUCUGCAGCCUGUGAUUGCGAGAGUAUUCCAAUUAAGCUGUAAUGUUGUACUAUCUGGAAACAGAAUUGCUAGCCUAGCGGUCAUAUUCCAUCCCUUC